AUGAAUGUUCUUAGACAGACUGUUAUAUAUGUGAUAUCCUUAGCAUACGUGUUUUCAGCAGAAUUUGAAAUAACAGCAAAUCCAAACCCUUCACCUGAACAGAAGAAAGCAGCAGUAGAUAUAUCAUUACGGUAUAAGUAUAUUGGACAACCACAAAAUAAAUCAUAG